CCCUUGCAAAGGUACCUGUCAAAACCCAACCCUGCAUGACCCUGUCUGCUGACAGUUUCCUUAUGGUGUCGGAAAUUAGAGAGUGAUUUUAAUUUUAUUUUAUAAAUAUAGUUUUACUCAUCAUCAGUGAUUUAAAAUUAGUUUCUUUGUGUGAUGUUAAAAAUAUUAUUACUUUGAUCAGUUGGAAUCUUGGACUUUUUUACCAGGUAGUGAUUCUUUUUGGAUAUAGUACUCAAAACAUUAUAAAUGUUUAGGUGUAAAAUAUUGUGAUUUUUACAGUGCAAUUUUAUUACAUUAUAUCUAAAGAAACAUUUUUUUAAUAUAAUUUUUAAGAAUGACUGUGUACAAAUGUUUACUCAGUGACAAAUAUUACAACUUACUACCUACUACAACCUACUAUGGUGUGCCCAUGGAUGGUUUUGGCAGUGCUACGUCCCAGCUCCGCUCUGACGCAUGAUUUGUCUCCGGAAAGCAAUUUUGCCAGCGACAAAUCACCCAGAAGUUAAUUGCUUUUUAUUUUGUCGAUCGGGCGCUUCCAAUCUGACAGGAUUUUGGGAUUAAGUGGCUAAAUUGUGUGUGUUUGUGGCAAUGGAUAUCAAGGGGGUGAAAGGAUUAAGCGGAUUUAAGUGAAAGAUACUUCUAAAGAUGGCGGAAGAAGUAAAAAAGGCACAAUGGAAAAGGCUUUUUCACCUCGGCAAACAAUCGCCUGAAAUCCCAAAUACCUCCAACCUAAGAAUAACCUCAAGAUAAAACCAAGCAAUCGGUGAAAAUGUCUCUAAGAUUAUGGAAAUAAAAUGGCCAUCAAUAAUGUUCCUUCAUGCACCUGACUACCUCUUACUUGUUUUGUCUCUGUUGUUGAUUCUAACGAAGAGUGAAAGUGGAAACACAUUGACUAGAAUAGUCCAAACACGCUACGGAAAGCUGCAGGGGAUAGUGAAGCCUAUGAACCCAGCGAAGCAUUUGAAGCCUAUAGAGGCGUUUCUAGGAGUGCCAUACGCCACGCCUCCUAUUGCGAGCAAUAGAUUCAGCCCUACUCGCACCCCAUCACCUUGGGAGGGUGUUUUGGUUGCUGACAAGAUGAGUCCAGUUUGUCCUCAACAACCUCCUGACAUUACUAACGACACUGCAGCGCUGUUGAGAAUGCCUGUGGGGAGACUGAGGUACCUGCGGAGGUUGCUGCCAGAAUUGAGGAAUCAGAGUGAAGACUGCCUCUACCUCAAUAUCUACGCUCCAGCGCAAGAUGUGGCUGGAGGGAAGUUGACCAGACAUCCUGUUCUGCUGUUUAUUCAUGGAGAGUCCUUUUCCUGGAACUCCGGAAAUCCUUACGACGGAAGUGUGUUGGCCAGCUACGCAGACUUAGUUGUAGUAACUCUCAACUACAGGCUUGGCAUUUUGGGUUUCCUGAACGCCAACGCCGCCCCUCAUCUGAAGGCCCGGGUGGCCAACUACGGUCUGAUGGACCAAGUCGCAGCUCUUCACUGGGUGCAGCAAAACAUCGCUCUGUUCGGUGGUGACCCUGGAAGUGUAACACUUAUGGGACAUGGGACAGGAGCUGCAUGCAUACAUCUGCUCAUCAUGUCUCCAACCGUCAUGCCAGGUCUUUUCCAUCGGGCAGUUCUUCUCUCAGGAUCGGCUCUUAGCUCCUGGGCGAUCGUUGAGGACCCAGUGACGUCAGCUAUGAAGCUGGCCAAACAAGUGAAUUGUUCCGUUCCCGACGACCUAUUCAAAGAUCACGAGGAGAUCGUAGACUGCCUCCGAGACGUUCCCCUAGAAGAUCUAAUGCGUAAUGACGUUCCUGCCCCUGCUUACCUCAGCUCCUUCGGCCCCAGCGUAGACGGGGUAGUCAUCAAGACUGACUUCCGAGAAGAUCUUCUAACCCACUUCCUGCCAGACAUGCAGGGUCUCAACGUCAAUGUCAAGAGAAGUGGGGAGUUCAUGGGCGCUAACAGAUACGAUUUGCUCUUCGGAGUCGUUACUAGUGAAGCCCUUUGGAGGUUUUCCUCCACUGACAUUCAAAGUGGUUUUGAUUUCGAAAGGCGGGAUAAGAUAUUAAGGACUUACGUUAGGAACGCGUAUAUCUAUCACCUUUCGGAGAUAUUUUUGACCAUAGUGAACGAGUAUACGGACUGGGAAAGAACAGUGGUUCACCCGAUCAACACUAGAGACGCUACUGUCGGUGCGUUGAGUGACGCACAGUUCGUGGCUCCUGUGGUACAGACAGGGGAUUUACUUAGUACUCCUUUGGCAAAUGUGGACACUUCCAGUCAACUGAACACGAGGUCGUACUUCUACGUGUUUGAUUAUCAGACGAAGGAUGGGGACUAUCCUCAGAGGCUGGGUACAGUCCACGGGGACGAAUUGACCUACUUCUUGGGAGCUCCUCUAGUUGAUGGUUUCUCUCAUUUCCUCAAAAACUACACCAAGUCUGAGAUUGCGCUGUGUGAGUCCGUCAUAACCUACCUCACCAACUUCAUCAAAACAGGGAAUCCAAACGAUAAGGACAAACAGGAUGCCUCCCUUCCUAUUUCUAAGGAGAGGAACAGAUUCAGAUCCAUUGUAUGGGAGGAGUAUGACCCAGUUCACCAGAAGUAUCUGGAAAUAGGCCUCAAGCCCCGCGUGAAGAACCACUACAGGGCCCACCAGCUGUCAGUAUGGCUGAGGUUGAUCCCCGAGCUCCAUCGUGCAGGAAUGGAGGACGCCGCAGCUCGCCACAAUCUCUUCCGCAACCACGGUGACUCCAGCCUGUACGACGGCGCAGUUCGGCCCGACCCUCUCUCGCGCACCGACGACCUCCGCCGUCGAGGGUCCCUGAACGGAACCGUGGCCGAGGUCGUCCUACCUAUCACAACAAUGGAAACCAUGGUAACCACCUGUGUCAGUGUGAUCGGCAAUCAAGGCUACGUCAAUCCUCACGUAUCUAACACCACAGACACUCUAGCUAGUCUAGAAGCAGCUGGUUACGCAGCGUACAGCACAGCUCUCAGUGUCACCAUAGCUAUCGGCUGCUCACUUCUUGUCCUGAACAUCCUCAUAUUCGCUGGAGUGUAUUAUCAACGGGACAAAACGAGAUUGGAGAUUAAGAAUCUUCAACAGCAAAGGAACUAUGAGAGUGGAACUGUAAAGGGUCAUUAUCACAAGCAUAGAUCGUCUGCGAGUGUGAUCGUCGAUGUGGCAAGAGAAGCUUCUAGCGAAUCUUUGUCCUCUCCGAUGCAUCACCAUCAUCCUGUAGCAACUCUUCCGAGACCGCACCCCCAUCCUAGGAUACCUACGAUGGCGACGCUUCCGAGGAAUAUCAGUCUUCUGAGGACUCCGGAACCUCCCAUGGUCACUUCUCCUCCUAACGGAUCAGUCACGAUGCACAUGUCACUCCCAAGGCCACCACCUCCUCCCAAGUGCAAGUCGCCUCCCGAGAUGACUCCCAUGGGCAACCACGUGUCUCCUACAUCAAACAAUCCCCCUAAAAGUGCUUUAAAGGUGCCAGCUGCCGCCAUGAACGAGAUGAGGGUAUGAUACGUAAGACAGACUGAUGUUAGAGGACGUUCUGUGCUGGUACUUUUUUCUUGUGUAUAAAGACUUUCGAGCAUGUAAAUAGUUUAUGGUUUGUAGGUUCUUGUUUUUUU